AUGGCUUCAAAUUUCAAUGACAUUGUGAAACAGGGAUACGUGAGGAUGAAGAGCAGGAAGCUGGGGAUCUACCGACGGUGUUGGCUCAUCUUUAAAAAAUCAUCAAGCAAAGGACACCGAAGACUAGAGAAAUAUCCAGACGAGAAAACAGCCAAUCUCAGAGGGAGUCCCAAGGUCACAGAAAUCAGCAAUGUGAAGAAUAUUACACGCUUACCGAAGGACACGAUGAGCCAGGCAGUCGCUCUCAUCUUCACCGAUGACACUUCCCGCACAUUUACCUGUGACUCAGAGUUGGAAGCUGAGGAAUGGUACAAGAUUCUCUCCAUCGAGUGCCUUGGGGCAAGGCUCAAUGACAUCACAUCGGGCGAACCAGAACUGCUCGCUGCUGGAGUUGUGUGUGAGCAGAAUGGUGAGAAUUUCUCACACUGUGAAAAGUGUGUUUGUGGGUAA